AUUGAUCAUGUUUGGCUACCAUCUCUUCCUUCUCUACAGAUGCCUAAAACUUCCUGAGACCACAGUCAUUGGCUAUGAGAACCACUACAGAAAAGCUUGGAUUGAGAGAAUUUUGCAGGUUGAAGUAAAGGAAAGAAGUCCUUAUCUAACAAUGAUCUCCAGCACCAUAUCAGCGGCAACUUUCUUUGCUUCAACUUCUCUGGCUUUAAGCUCUGUAAUUGGAGCCUGGGUUGGAAGCACUUCAAACAACAUCUUGGAGGGUAGUCUCAUAUAUGGGAGCAAAAGUCCAUCCAUCAUUUCAGUCAAAUAUAUUAGCAUUCUGUUCUUCUUCUUAGUUGCUUAUGCUUCUUUUCUCCAAUGUAUAAGGAGCUUAGUCCAUGCCAAUUUCCUAAUCAGUAUGCCAAACAGCGAUAUCCCAGCAAAGUAUGUGCAAAAGGCAGUGAUACAGGGAAGUGCUUUCUGGUCGGCCGGUUUACGGGCAAUCUACUUCGCCGCCACUUUGCUGCUAUGGAUAUUUGGUCCAAUACCCAUGUUUGUUUCUUCAGUGACUAUGGUGGUGAUCUUGCACAUGCUUGAUACAAAUUCAACUCCGCUGCAUCACUUCCGACCAACCAAGAGCCCUAACCUGUUGAGUAAGAUUGGUGUCGACCCAAUUAACUGCAAUCAACAGGGUCAUUGAGCACCAUAGAACAUCAAAUGGGGAUGAAAGCACAACUUCAGGUAGUCAACCACGACAACAAUUU